AACGACACAGUGGGUGAAGCUGUAUGCUACUAGGGUUUUCUCAUUUGUGUAUUUUUGCUUGAGCGCUCUUUCGGUCUUUAUUCUCUCGUCGGCUCGCUUCUGCUUUCCACCUAUCCAAUCAGGUAAGGGAUAGCGCAAGAGGGAUUGAAAAUGGUUGAGAAAACGAGGGGAAGAAAGGAAGAGGUGGUGACCAGAGAGUACACCAUCAACCUUCACAAGCGCCUCCAUGGCUGCACAUUCAAGAAGAAGGCUCCCAAGGCUAUUAAGGAGAUCAGGAAGUUUGCAGAAAAAGCAAUGGGAACAAAGGAUGUGAGGGUUGAUGUCAAGCUGAACAAGCACAUCUGGAGUAGAGGGAUACGGAGUGUCCCGAGAAGGAUCAGAGUCCGCAUUGCUCGCAAGAGAAACGAUGACGAAGAUGCAAAGGAGGAGGUCUACUCUCUGGUAACUGUUGCUGAAAUACCAGCUGAAGGACUCAAGGAUCUGGGCACCAAGGUCAUUGACGAUGAUGAGUAACUUCAUUGAUCUUUAGUUCGUGAAAGCUUGCAUUUUGUUCACAACUUUACAUCAGAAUUUUGGCUAGUGUUACAAUUAUGACUUAUGAGGCAUAUCGUUUUCCUUGUAUUUUGUUUAUUGUAGUCUCUAGACUUUUAAGCUUUGCCCUCUUGCAAUUAAAACUUCUUGCAGAAAGAUUAUCAUGUCAUUCUUCUUAA